UCGAAAAACUGGGGAGAACACAGGAAGAUAAUAUUAUGGAGUUCGACGAUGUUGGAUCGAGCGAUCUGAGGGAACUCUGGGAGUCUUACCUCGCCGAGACGGCGAUGGGACACGACGUCCCGAUGUCGAUGCGGGACGAGGAAUGGAGCAGCGCCUCCUGCGCGUCGAGGGAUAAGUUGGAACCCGGCGUAGUCCUGAGGGAUCGUCUGAUGACGGACGCGGCCCUUGGAGGUCCGAGACCGAUAAAAUCCGAGCACAGCUACAGCCUCCUAGCCUCCAGCCCUCCGUCGAGUCCGGCGAUACCCGGCAACGACAGUCCCGACGCUCCGAGGGAGGGAAAAAACCCCGAAUCCACGACACUCUUCAACGGGCACCAGGUCCUCGUUCUCAGGAACAGGAUAGAUGACAUGGAGGAGGAGUGCUUCCCGGCGAUCUCGCUGAAUCGAGCAUCUGGACGAGGAGCGGGUGCCGAGUCACCCUCGCCAUCCCCGUCGGCCUCCCCGUCGCUCCACGCUGCGAAUGAAACACCGACCACCGUUACCGUGCAGAUCAAGGAGGAGCCGUUUAGCCCUGAAUCCCUGUCUGCUCGAGGCACGAUUGAAACCGUCGCCAUCGCUCCUAAUUACCACAUCGAAUUCGAACGAUCCUCCGUUCCUUACACGACCAGUGACAGCGAGGAUGACGAGGCGGAGUAUUACCAGAGUACAGAAUUGGACGAGUCGAACGGUGAACCGGCGACCGCGAGUUCGAGUUCUAGCUCGAUUGGCAUGUCGAUUGGAGGCGGGGGUGGCGUCGCCGGAAACGGAAGUGGCAGCGGGAGGCAGGGACUUCCUCCGACACCGCCGAGCAGCGCGAGUUCCGACAGCGAAGGCGCAGUAUCUGCCUACUGUUCACCGGAACGAAGAGUCUCCGAAAGUCUUCGAGGACCCUUGAAUCCACGGUUCAACGGGGUUUCGAAUUCACUGGGAAACAGGGGCGUAGCUGGACAUCAUCUUCACGGUCACGUUACCAGACAGCCAAUUCACACACCGCUGAUUUCAUGCCAGCCGAAAGGUUCGACGGGUAUUCUAACUUUGACGGACGAGGAAAAGCGGACUCUGAUAGCCGAGGGUUACCCUGUGCCAACGAAACUCCCGCUCACGAAGCAGGAGGAAAAAUCACUGAAGAAAGUACGCAGGAAAAUUAAAAACAAGAUAUCGGCGCAAGAGUCACGAAGAAAGAAAAAGGAAUACAUGGAUGGACUUGAGAGACGUGUCAUGAUGUUGGCUCAGGAGAAUACGAGCUAUAAAGAUCGGCUAACGACGCUAGAAGGAACUAAUCGCGAGUUGCUGAGGGAGCUGCAGCGACUUCAGGCGAUGCUACGUACUUCCUAGAAGUAUAAUUGUCCACGCACCUUUGGUGUGACAAUAAGAAGACGACUAUGUCGUUCAGAUUAUUUAAAUUAUACGUUAUAAGCAAAGAAUUUUCGCCAAAAUGUUUUCCUCGUACCGGAAUAUCGCUGAGGGUACAACAGUUUAGUCUUUUAGACUUUUUUUUUUCUGUGUCGCAGUAACGCGUAUCAAAGAUAUGAUUAUAAAAUAACAAUCGUGACUUACAAAACCCUAUGAGGGCUUCCUGAGAUAAAAAUUUUAAUAUAGAAUUUUUUUCUCUUCUCAUGUUCGGGGUUUGAAUUUAGGUGAAAAUAGUUUAUCAAUUAUACAAUGUAUAAUUACGUUCGUUAUCGCGUCGCGGUAGAUGCGAUUUAUCGUAAAUCGACCAAUUAACAGUGCCUGAUUAAUAUUUUUAUAUAUAAUGCACGUUCGAGCAUUUUAUAAUAUAAUAAUAGAGAAUAUUUUAGGGCCGGGAAAGUUAUCGAAUAAUUGACAAAUUCAAUCAAUCGUACAAGGUAAUAGUAGUUGCCUAAGGUAUAAUUAUAUAUAAUAGAUAGCUAGCCGGGCACUCGAAGAUCGCAUUGAAAGUACAAAAAAAAAUAAAAUAAAAAAAUAAACAAAAAACGAAAGACAACAUCAAGAAAUCGUAGCGCAAAACAAAGUUACAGCUGCGAAUUAUUCCACGUUAUUAUAUGUUAUUACUAUAAGUAUACAUAAUUGAAAAAUAACUAUAUUACACUAUGCAUAUUAUACAUUCGGCGUUAGAUGUACGACUGACGAAUUAUUAGUACAUAAUGUAAGUAUCGUGUGUGUUAUAUUUUUACAAUGUUGAGUGAUAUAUAUAUAUAUAUUCCGAGCGAAAGAAGAAUCAGAUAAAAUAGAAAUGGUGCGAGUUUGAGGUAAAUUUUUGAGAAAAUCUAUCGAGUAUCUAGUAUCGAAUAAUUUUUAAAAGAAACAAGCGAAUAUAUAGAUAUAAAACGGGGGUGAAAAUACACUUAGAAUAAUUAACUUCCAUGAAUCGAUGACUGUUUUUCAUGGCAAUCGAAUAGUUUAUAUUAUACAAAAAAAAAAAUGAAAUAUCGAGAUGAGGGGCAUUAUGCAAACUACCAUUUUCAACUUUAAUAAUAGAGCGAGAGUGUGUGCGGCGGUAAAUGUACAUACCUAAAUUUUACUUGAAAAUCGGUUUGUAAUGCGCGUUAACAUCCUCUAGUAUAAAAUUACUGAUGACACGUGCGCUUUCGUAUUUGCACGACGUGUGUGUGCUUGCUCCCACGACCAUACGCCAGAUAUUUGCCCAUUUUAACCGCGUCAUGUAUACAGGCGUUAAAAUUUCGUCAAGUAUUUAUGAAA